GAGCCAAGCAGAUUUAGGGAGGUUUAGCCUCCUUUAGCUUUAUUGCAAAUCCGCCUAUGCAGUGCUGGCCGAGGCUCAAGCGCAACCCCCACCUUCAGUACACACACAGGCACACAAACACUCUCCCUAACUUCUGCUACAACACGCAAAGGCUGUUUACCCUGUGCAUAGGGCCCAUACUGUUUAUUAAACUCACUCAGAAGGGACAGCUAUUUCAUGCUCAACUGAUAUACUACUUCAGCUUAUUAGUGUAAUCGGUGCAGGUGCAAUACACACUAGUAGUUAUAUACACUGCCCAUAUACUGGACUCCAGUACUGAGGAUAUGUCAGCUGGGGUGCAGGAUGUACCUGCAGGAUCCAUUGCCACUGAUCUGGUGGUGAGGAAUAGGCCACAGAAACCAGAUGAGAACAACAGCAACAAGGAGAAUACUAAAGGGCAGUCUUCAUGUCAAAUGUCAGCUCACAAGACUGUUGAGGCCCCACAGCCCAGAGUCAAUCCGUGGACUAAGAAACAAAGCCUUGCUACAAACAACACUGUGUAUUUCCAUGACCAUCAGGGACAACAAGGCACAGCGAAAGUGAUAAGAGCAGGAAAGCCUCCAUCAAAGAAGACUAGCGACUUUCAUGACAUUACAAAUUGGCCGACACCAAGUGAAAUUGCAAACCAUGGAACCCAAAACGUUCUCUGUGCCGCAGCAAAUGGAAAAGCUGCAAGCAAACAAGAGAAAAGCAGUGAUGGAAAGACUGAUCAUAAAGAUGUCUGUGAAACAAAGGAGAACUGCAAUAUGGAAGUACAAGUAAAAAAUCCAAAACCCAAUGACCAGGUGGAGGCUACUGCUCAAAAGAAAAAAUUUAACAAACAGAAAUGGAUGCCAUUGCAUAUAGAGGAGACAAAAACAGUUAAACAAGAAAGCCCAACAAUCCACAAGAACUCAAGUUCUCAGUGUGAGGUUAGCAGAAACCAGAACAGCAAACAGAGAGAUUACAGUUGGCGGCUUGAUCGGAGGCGUGAGUUAGAUGAAGUCUCCAGUGUACAUAGCGAAGGAGGAAACAUCAGAGGAAGUUUAAGAGGCAGUGGACGUGGAAGAGGUCGAGGAAGAGGCAGGCCUUACAUGCACUAUUCAUACAGUGCACGAGAGAACAGGAUGAGGACAGACCACAUAGAAAACUAUAAAAGUAUGAUGUACUAUUACGAUGAUGGAACUGGGAUGCAUGUUUACCCUGUGGAUAAAAAAUUACUUAAGGAAUACCUGAAGCGCCAGAUCGAGUAUUACUUUAGCACGGAAAACCUGGAAAAAGACUUCUUUCUCAGGAGAAAGAUGGACCUGCAGGGAUUUUUGCCACUUUCUUUGAUUGCUGGUUUCUAUCGUGUGCAGUCUUUAACCACGGAUGUUGAUCUCAUGUGUGAGGCAUUGAAAGACAGUGUCGAGGUAGAAAUAGUAGAUCAGAAGAUAAGAAGAAAAGUGGAUCCUGAAAAAUGGCCUAUUCCAAGUGCUCCUUCUCUUGACUUGACACGUACUGACUUCUCAAGAUUCAUUGACUGUCCAGAAUUUAUACCUGGGAAGAAACUGGAGUCUCAUACAGGGUCUGUGCCAAAUUCUCCAAGAAAAGAAUGCUCUUUUUUGCAGGAUGGAAGUAACAAGCUGAAUAAUUUACAAAGUAUGCCUAAAGUCCUCUCCUCAAGCAUGCCAGAGCUGGACUCUGAGCCUUGGAUAGAAGUUAAAAAAAGACGCCGUCCUUCCCCCAUCAAAUCGAAGGAGCCAGAUAUUCCCACACAAAUAACUUCAAAACCACAACUGUGUGAUGAACCUGACCCAGAGGAUUUAGACUUCAUGUUUGAUGAAGAGCUGCAGCAUAUGCAAGGGCGUAAAAACACAUUUACUGACUGGUCUGAUGAUGAUUCUGAUUAUGAAAUUGAUGAUAAAGACCUUAAUAAGAUCAUAAUUGUUACACAAACACCUCCUCAUCUAAAGAAACACCCAGGGGGUGACCGUACGGGAAAUCAUAUUUCUCGAGCAAAAAUGACAUCUGAAUUGGCCAAGGUCAUUAAUGAUGGGCUCUAUUAUUAUGAGAAAGACUUAUGGAUGGACUGUGAGGAACAGAAUUAUGUGCCUUCAAAGCAAGAGCUAGAACAUUUUAGAAAGCUGAAUCUUAUUAGCAAAGAAGAAUUUGACAACCUUGCACCAGAAUUCCAGAUUGAGCAAAAUCUUGAACAAUCCCCACUGAAUAUACCUACUUUUCAGCAAGUUUGCUGUGAGGAUUUUCAUGGACCUGCGACUACACAAUUCCACCCAACAGAUGUACAACAAUCGCCAAUGUCUUGUCGUGCAAGGACACCAAAAUCUCCUCGUACUCCACGCUUGAAAGAUCCAAGCAAAACACCAAGAUUUUAUCCUGUUGUAAAAGAAGCUAGGUCUAUUGAUGUGCAGAGUCCAAGAAAGAGGAAAACCCGACAUAGUACUAAUCCACCACUAGAGUACCAUGUUGGCUGGGUAAUGGAUUCUAAGGAACAUCGGCCACGGACUUCCUCUGUCAGCAGUUCAAAUGCUUCUCCAUCAGAAGUUGCUCCACUUACAGGAAGCUAUGGCUGCACUCCCCACUCUUUGCCAAAGUUUCAACAUCCUUCACAUGAACUUCUGAAAGAAAAUGGUUUCACACAGCAAGUGUACCAUAAAUAUCGUCGUAGGUGCUUAAAUGAGAGAAAAAAAUUAGGUGUAGGCCAGUCCCCAGAAAUGAACACACUGUAUCGUUUCUGGUCCUUCUUUCUCAGAGAUCACUUUAACAAAAAAAUGUAUGAGGAGUUUAGACAGCUUGCUGUGGAGGAAGCAAAAGAAAACUACAGGUAUGGCUUGGAAUGUCUAUUCCGGUUUUACAGUUAUGGAUUGGAAAGGAAAUUCCGGCAAGAAUUAUUCGAGGACUUCCAGGAAGAAACUGUAAAGGAUUAUGAACAUGGUCAGCUUUAUGGGCUGGAGAAGUUUUGGGCAUAUCUAAAAUACUCGAAAGCCAAGAACCUGUCAGUUGACCCAAAAUUACAAAGCUACCUCAGCAAAUUUAAGAGGCUUGAAGAUUUCCGAGUAGAUCCUCCAAUUGCUGAAGAGAAUGGGAGAAUGACAUCGGCAUCAAAUGAGGAUCCAGGUCGACGAAGACAUCGCUCAGGUUCAUCCAAGCAUUCACCUGCCAGUCAAACUCAGGGUCCUUCAGGUUGCCUUCCCAGUGUACACAACGUUCAGGAAAAAUCAGGCUGCAGCCCGGGGAGCAGUGCCUCGAACCAGGAUAUAACAAGGCAACUAGAGAAAUAGACUCAGCAGUGUUUUAUGCCAUUCGUAGCAGCAAGCUGCUGUACUUUAGCCCAAGGAACAUUGGGAAUCUGUAGAUGCUUGCUAAAGCAACAAUGAAUGCCUUGCCAUUUAGCACAAUGCAGUUUUAAAAUCCCUCCAUUUUUGAUGUGAUUUAUUGGCUGUUUAUAUAUGAAAUGGUGCCCCAGCGAUGGGAUGCAAAACUGUCCUCUUUCAACAGGUCGUUUUUAAUCAA